UGUAAAGAAGACAGAAAAAUGGCGGACCUCAGGAAAAUCAGUUCUGGGUCUCUGCCCUAUGUAAACGUUUCCCGAAAAGUGUCAGUUCAAGGGAAGGUUUUUAUCCUAUUAUGUAUAAUAUUGGCCGAACCCGGAGGAGCUACCACCCACUGGGUCGUCACUGAAGAUGGAAAAAUUCAACAGCAAGUUGACUCUCCUUUGAAUCUUAAACAUCCACAUGACCUUGUCAUCUUCAUGCGACAGGAGACCCGUGUCAACUACCUGAAGAAGUUAGAGAAGCAGCUUGUCGCUCAGAAGAUUCACAUUGAGGAGAAUGAGGACAGGGACACUGGCUUGGAGCAGAGGCACUAUAAAGAGGAUGCCGACUGUGUCACGGCUAAAGUACCCCUGGGAGACUUGGAUCUCUACGAUGGUACCUACAUCUCCCUGGAGAGUAAAGACAUCAGCCCUGAGGAUUACGUAGAUUUUAGGUCCCCUCUACCUCCGGAUCUGGAGAAGCCUGACUGUGCCAGAGUAUUUGAGCUCCCAUAUAGUAUCCACAGUUUCCAGCAUCUCCGGGGCGUGCAGGAACAGGUGAACCUCACAUCUCCUCUGCUCUCUAAAGAGGACCCCAUUUUUGGCUCCCUGUCCCACAAACUGGGCCGCAGCAUGGACGAGGUGGGCCAUCGCAUCCAGCAGGGCCUGCUGAGGAACUCCUCAUCCUGGGUGCUGUAUAACCUGGCGUCGUUCUACUGGAGGAUAAAGAAUGAGCCUGGGCAGGCGGUGGACUGUGUGGUCCGGGCCCUGCACUUCUCACCCAGGCAGCACAAGGACCUGGCCCUGGUGAACAUGGCCAACAUCCUGCACCGGGCCCACUUCUCUGCUGACGCUGCCAUCGUGGUUCACGCUGCCCUGGAUUUGACCUCUGACCUUCUCACCAGCCACUACACCCUGGGCAACAUCUACGCAAUGCUGGGGGAGUAUAACCACUCAGUGCUGUGCUAUGAGCAGGCUCUCCAGGCCCAGCCGGGCUUUGAGCAGGCCCUGAGGAGGAAGCACGCCGUCCUCUGUCAGCAGAAACUGGAGCAGCGCCUGGAGGCCCAACACAGGUCUCUGCAGCGCACGCUGAACGAGCUGAAGGAAUACCAGAAACAGCAUGACCACUACCUGCGUCAGCAGGAGGCCCUGGACAAAUACAAGCUGCUGCAGGAAGAGCAGAUCCUCCGCAACAUCAUCCACGAGACCCAGAUGGCCAAGGAGGCACAGCUGGGCAACCACCAGAUGUGUCGUCUGGGCCAGCAACAGAGCAGCCUCUUCUGCCCCUUGGACCUGCCGGUGCGUUAUCACCGUGGAGACCUGUUUGAGCACGUUCACCACAUCCAGUUUGGAGAGGAGGUCUCUGUGGCGGGCAGCGUUGCUCUAGUGUCGGAGCCGAGCACCAACCACACCACCAGCUCACACCUCCACCCCUCUGUGUCCGGAGACCCUGAGCCUGCAGCCCUCUGGGGCCAUCAGGCCUCCCCCACCGAAGACAUUCAGAGGCUGCUGUGGCCUCAGAGGGCAGACUGUGCUGAUGAGUUUCCUGUCAUCCCCCCCGCCCACCUACUACCCACCUUCUACCUCCCACCUGAGACACAGGGCCCCAGCCUCCAGACUGUGCUGUACGGUACCGGACCCCCUCCCUCCUCCCUGGCUUCCCCAGACUGUGGCCCUGUGCUCCAGCCCCCUCCAGCUGACCUGCCUGCCUCUGUGGGCUGGACCUUGGAGGACAAGGAGCUGCCAGACCCCCAUGCCACCCAGGUACUGCUGUCUCGCAGCAGAGGCUGGAGUUUGGAGCAGGCUGGUGCCAGCAUAGCCCAAGCCAUGAAGAAGGCUAGCGCCCCUGGCUGGUUGCUCCAGAACGAGGCGGCUUUGUUCUGGCGGGCGAAGGGUAACGGUAGCAGCUCGCUGCAGUGUCUGCGCCACUCCCUGGCGUCGGCUCCGCCCACCCAGCGCAACCUGCCCCUCGUCAACGCUGCCAAUCUGCUUCUGCGCCACGGCCUCAGCGCCCACGCACACACUCUGCUGCAGGACGCCCUGGCACUCAACGCCUCUGAGCCCCACACUCUCCUGAGCCUGGUGAGCGUGAAUCUGGCCCAGGGCAACGUGACGGGCGCCCUGGACCUGUUCCGCCACACCCUGGCUCUCUCUGCCAGUUGUGCCCAGUGCCGUGCCAGCCUGCCCCUUCUGCGAUGCCUGCAGUUCUACCCCUUCCUAUACAACCUGCAGCGCUCGCCAUGUCCGCAGGGUGCUGUGUGUGUCGGGGAGGAGGAUGUGACUCUACAUCUAGAUGAAUGGGAGGCUGGCAGUAGACAGAAGCAGCAGGAGGACCCCACCACCACGGCUGCCCAGGCUCUGCCUGUCUCCACAGUGGAGGAAGCCCUCCUGUUUGAGAAGGUGGUGCUGGACAGUAAUGGCUCUGGAGAGGCAGGCCAACAGCCUGGAGGAGGAGAGAGGGAUGAGGAGGAGUGGCAGCUGAAGGAGGAGCUGAUGGGGGCCUUCGAGGGGGCUCUGGACGUGGGGGGCAAGCGGGGCGACCUGAGGGGCAUCCGCGUGCUGAAGAACGACCGGGUGAUGGGAGCGGGCCGGAGCGGAGGAGGGCCCUGCUUCGGGAACUGUGAGGAUGACGAGGGGGCUGAGUGGAUCACGUUCCAGGUGAAGCGUGUGAGGAAGCCCAAGGCGGACAGCCCUGAGGGCUGGGGCAGUGCUGAGGACACCCUGCAGGAGGAGACACUGCUCCCUGGAGGCCACUCUGUCCUGGAGAUCAGCGGCCCCACCAUCCCGUCCCCCGGGCCCUCAGGGCGAUGGAGGGACUAUACCAGUCUGGGCUGGCCGGGGCCAGAGGAGUGCCAGAGAACACGCAGGGUAGACCUCACCACCGUGGCCAGUACCUGGCUGGCCGUGUCGGCCAAGAACAUCGACAUCACGGAACACAUAGACUUUACCACUCCACUCCAGGAGCCUGCGGUGGAGCCAUUGUGCAACGCCAACCUGGCUGCCAGCAUGCACACCCUGGACCACCUGGCUGGCGUGGCCAACCGCGCCGCCAUCCACUACACCGGAGAGAGUCAACUCAGAGAGGUUCUACAGAAUCUGGGCAAAGAUAAGUUCUCCCCUCAGUCCUUUGAGCAGGUGGGCACGCGCAUCGCCAAGGUCUUGGAGAAGAACCAGACAUCGUGGGUCUUGUCCAGCAUGUCUGCUCUCUACUGGAGGGUGAAGGGUCAGGGCAAGAGGGCCAUCGACUGCCUACGCCAAGCCCUCCACUACGCCCCGCACCACAUGAAGGAUGUACCUCUGAUCAGCCUGGCCAACAUCUUCCAGAAUGCACGGCUGUGGGAGGACGCCCUGACCGUGGCCCGCAUGGCUGUGGAGAUCGCCCCGCACUUCGUUGUCAACCACUUCACCCUCGCCAACGUCUACAUCGCCAUGGAGGAGUUUGAGAAGGCCAUGCGCUGGUAUGAGUCCACUCUGGAGCUGCAGCCAGAGUUUGCCCCUGCCAAGGACCGCCUCAGAACUAUCCAGUGUUACCUGCUAACCAAGAAGGACCGCCGUCUACCCUGAGACGACUCCACAGGAGAAGCCCUCGGAACACACACACCACACAUACAAAAACAUAACUUACAGUAGUUACUCACAGGAAAGCGGUUGUUGAUUUAAAAAAAAAAAGUUUUUUAAGUCAUUGCCAUAUAAUUUAUGUCCAAAGGAAUUCAGGGGUUCCAUUCGCUGUGACCUCAGACUCUGGUCGUAGGGGGUAAAACAUUCACUAAAUGACCCAUGUUACCUUCUGAAGAAGCCCUCCACCUGAAAAGUUCUCAAUUCUAUUAGGAAGCUUUGGGAUGUAUCCCAUCACUCAGCCUCCCUGUCCCAUAGACUACAGUAUAUAGAGCCCAGCAUAGAGUCCCAUCACUCAGCCUCCCUGUCCCAUAGACUACA